AUGGAUACUUUAAAAGAUGUUCCAGAAUUCUUUGAAACGCAACUUGACGAAUCUAUAGUCGCGAGGACUGAAAGUUUAGCUACUUUUCGUGAGCUUGGUCCACCUGACCUUUGUCACAUAACGAAAGCUAAUGUCAAACCUGGUGUUAAAGAAGUUGGAUCUUAUCAUUAUGUAUCUGGAGUAGAUGCAUCUUCAUCAGCAACAUUGGCUGCUUAUUUAAAUUCAUUGACUUACGCUUUGAAACUCAUGCAUGGUUCACGAAAUCUUCUGCUUGGAGAAUUCGCUCUGGUGUUUAUUGUCGAUGUUCGUGUUGAAGUUAAAAUUCCUGGCGGUGUUGAUACAACAGCAGAAAUUUGGCAAGAAACAUAUAUUUCAGCUCUUCUACGUUCCAUACUUUAUUCAGAUGAUGUCAAUUAUAGAUUGGCAGGCUUUCGAUGGCAGUUGGGUUCAGAUCCGGAAAUACAGGUUGCUACAGUUGUUAGUAAUCAUUUAACGGCUGGAAUAAUGAAAUAUUUUAAUCCCGAGGUUGCAUCCUUAUUAUCUCGAGCUUAUAUAGGAAUGGGUGAAGAAGUUAAAGCAGUUCAUAUACUAUAUAACGCUUUAAGACAAAAUCCAAUGAGUUAUUCACUUUUACAUGUUCAAACCGAUUUUUUAUUAUCAAAGAAAAAAACAGAUUUUGCACUAAAAUUAGCUAAACAAGCGGUUAACUGUGCCCCUUCUGAAUUUGUUACUUGGGCAAAAUUGACAGAAGUUUAUAUUGAGAUUAGUGAUUAUGAAUCAGCAUUAUUGACAUUAAAUUCGUGUCCAAUGUUUACAUAUAAUGAAAGAGACGUUCAUCGUAUGCCAACGCCAGCUAAGACUCAUCUUCCCAUCAAACAAGAUGUUUCAAAUUCUGGAGUUCUCGAAGAUGAUAAUGAUCGUGAUAAUAAUGAGGCUGAUGUUGCACUUUUACGUCUACCUGCACCAUCUCUUCGUGGCACUUUUGCAAAAGCAUAUGCAUUGUUAACACUUUUAGUAGCAAAAAUUGGAUGGGAUGAAUUAUUAAAGUGUCGAUCAUCAGUUUUUGUCAUGGAGGAGGAGUAUCGUAUGCAAAAGGCUGCCGAGGAAGAACGUAAACAUCAAAAAACUUACACCACUGCUACCAAGACCACUACCAAGACUGCUGAUGUUACUACCACCAAAAAUGAAAUAGUUGAAAAGUUAUCAUUACCAUCAACCAAUAAUGAUAAUAGUGAAAAAGAACCAUCAUUAGUAGUAGUAGAAAAAGAGAAACAAGAAAAAACAGAAGAAGAAAAGGCAAAAGAAGAAAAGGCAAAAGAAGAAAAAGAAAAAGAGGGAGAAAAAGAAAAAGAGGAAGAAGAAUUGAAUUCAAUACCAUCUAUAGUUGUUUCAGAUGAUAAAGAGCUUUCUGAUAAAAAAGAAAAAGCAAGCGACAACAGCAAUGAUGAUACCAAUAAUGUAAAUGAUGAUGAUACUACUACGGCUUCAAAUUUCUCAACAGCAAUAUCGAAAUCAGAUGAUGAAAAAAAUGAUAACGAUGAGAACGAUCAACAAUCAGUUAAUUCUGAAAAUUUGGAAGAAGUUGAUUUGGAUGACGAUAAAACUGUCGUUACCACUAAAUCACAACAGCAAUCAUCAGAAGAUUUAAGAGUAUACACACUUUGGAAAUCAGAAAUGGCUCAUUGUAAAGCAAAUCAUCAGUCAUAUCGUAAGACUGAAGCAUAUCAAAAAUGUCUUGAAAAUAAAUUUUCCGCUAAAUCAUGGUUAAAAUUAUUGGAGUAUUGCGCUGAUGAAGGCGAUAUAGAACAUGCAUUAUUGGCAGUGGUUAAAUUAACAGUUUAUCAAGAGAGAUGGUAUCACGAAAUAAUUUAUCCAACUGUAAUCGCAUAUAACUUAAACAAAUUAGCAAAAAAUGAAGGAUUAACCAAAAUACGUCACCAUCUUAUUUCAAUGAAUUUGCAUCCAUCUGUAUCAAAAAUGAGUAGACAUUAG